AUGGCUUCAGUGAGGAAAGUUUCAUGGAUGGUUGCAGCAAGUGUGGGAGCAGUAGAGACUCUCAAGGAUCAAACAGGGCUUUGUAGAUGGAACUAUGCACUCAGAUCUCUUCAUCAUCAUGCAAAGUACCAGCUUUCUUCUUCCUCUCUUACCUUGAGAAUUCCUUCUUCUUCUUCUUCUUCUUCUUCUUCUGUUAUUGAUGGAAGUGGAAGUGGAGGAGUUGUGGUGGUUGGAAAUGAAGGGAAAGCUUUGAAAUUUGAGAAAACACUUGAAAAAGUUAUGUAUUUGAGCUGUUGGGGACCCAAUUAG